AUGUCCUUCUUCACUAGCAUCUUCCAGUGGUUCGCAGGUCUUUUCUUCUCAAAAAAUGCCGAAAUCUGUGUCGUCGGUCUCCAGGCCUCGGGAAAGACGUCGUUCGUCAACCUUCUCGUCCAAGGCCAGUGGGCGGAGGAUUCGAUACCGACGGUCGCCUUCAACCUGCGCAAGGUCCGCAAAGGCAACGUGACGAUGCGAAUAUGGGACGUUGCAGGGCAGCCGAAGUUUCGCUCGAUGUGGGAGCGGUACUGCAAGGGCAACGACGCUAUCGUUUUCGUCGUAGACUCAGCAGAUAGGGACAAGUUUGAGUCGGCGCGGUUCGAGCUACAUUCUCUCCUUGCGAGUCCCCAACUCACGGGCGUGCCUCUCCUCGUGCUCGGAAACAAGUGCGACCUCGUCGACCUCAUGCCGGCUCAAGUUGAAGAGCUCAUUGAAGCUUUGCAAUUAGACAAAAUACAAGGACGAACAGUUUCCUGUUAUUCUUGUUCGAUGAAAGAGCAACACAACAUCGACAUCAUCGUACGAUGGUUGUCGGAGCGCGGGCAUUAAGGAACGCCGGUUACCGAUUUCCGAUUGUUUUCCGGUUGUGGUUUGCAUGACGUCUGUUUGAGGUUUGUUAGGUGACGCCACAAAGCACCUUCCACCUCCCCUUGCUUCUCCCCUUAACGAGAUAUUUAUCCCAUUCCGUUCUCCCUUCGGCGUUACCUGGUUUGCAUUCUCGUACGACAAUUUAGCUCUACACCAUGUUUUCUUGUAUACAAAACAUGUACUAUACAAUACAUAGAUGCACUGCUAUAUUCACAUGAUGAACC